ACUGCGGUGUGGUGAACCUUCUGUGUGUGAAUACUGUUGACCAGAUGCUUAGUGCAUUGGGCAGUGCGGGCCUCCCUCUGUGUGUGCCUACAUCAUCUCAUGUCAAAGGACCAUUACCUGAUUACCUCCCUUGCCUGCCUAGAUUUCCAUCAAGAUAAACUGUGGGAAUACUGUGAGGACUGUUUGUGUUCUAAGCGCUCUCACAACCAGGAGGAACUUUAGAGUUUGAGUGUGUUGCGUAUGUCGUGUGUCUUCUGGCUUAUCAGUGGUCAAAGUUUAAUCACAAGCUAAGAGAAAGAGAGAAAGAGAGACACAGAGAGGUGAGGGUGCCUUCUACCCUUUAUUUUUGUUUUCCUACUCGGAGAAGAGACUGCUAAGUUUUUUUGUUUUUUUAUGUGGCAAUGUUGGCUUCUUUUUCCCUUUACGCUGUGAUAUACUUGUAUGGAGUUUUGGUCUAAGGUCUUGGAGUUCUGUUUGCUAGCAAGCACUACUUUCAGCAACAGCAAGAGCUAACAGAGAGACUGACAGGGAUGUCUUCCAAGCGACCAGCCUCUCCAUAUGGGGGAACAGAUGGAGAGGUAGCCAUGGCGACAAGCAGACAGAAAUUGGAAGAUAAGGAGAGUGAUGGGCUCCCAGUCAUUCACCUACCCCUGAACUCCAGUUAUUCCAGCAAGCUUCAUUCGGAGGAGUUUCAGUCUGUAAACUCUUUGACCAGGGAAAAUUUCGGCCUUGACAGUCCCACUUCUCUCCACAGCUCAAUGGAACAAGAUGGCAUAAAGGGUCCGUCUCUGAGUCCAUAUGCGCAGCAAAACUCAUCUACCUCACCGACUAAGACAGAAGACGGGGCUCGUCAGGGCAGCGACUCGGGCUCCAGCAAUGCUCUGGGGACCCCAGAGAGACGCAAGGGCAGCCUGGCCGAUGUGGUGGACACACUGAAACAGAGGAAAAUGGAGGAGCUUAUCAAAAACGAGCCUGAGGAAACCCCCAGCAUUGAGAAGCUUCUAUCAAAAGACUGGAAGGACAAGCUUCUUGCCAUGGGAUCAGGGAACUUUGGAGAAAUUAAAGGGACGCCAGAAAGCCUAGCUGAGAAGGAGAGGCAGCUCAUGGGCAUGAUCAACCAGCUGACCAGCCUGAGGGAGCAGCUGCUGGCAGCCCAUGAUGAACAGAAGAAACUUGCAGCGUCUCAGAUCGAGAAACAGAGGCAGCAAAUGGAGCUGGCCAAACAGCAACAGGAUCAAAUUGCAAGACAACAGCAACAGCUCCUGCAGCAACAACACAAAAUCAACCUUCUUCAACAACAGAUCCAGCAGGUUCAGGGUCAGUUGCCCCCGUUGAUGAUCCCAGUUUUCCCUCCAGACCAGAGGGCGUUAGCAGCAGCGGCAGCCCAGCAAGGAUUCCUCCUGCCCCCAAGCUUCAACUACAAACCUGGAUGCAGUGACCCUUACCCUCUUCAGCUGAUUCCUACUACCAUGGCAGCUGCUGCCGCGGCAACCCCAGGCCUCGGCCAACUCCAGCUGCAGCAGCUGUAUGCGGCCCAACUUGCUGCCAUGCAGGUAUCUCCAGGGGCCAAACUGCCUGGCAUGCCCCAUACCAACCUGGGAAACAUCCACUCGCCAACCAACAUCCAAACAGAGAAGUGCAGGAGCACCCCUCCACUGAAAAGCAAGGAGGAGGGUGCACAGCCACUGAAUCUGUCGUCCAAGCCCAAGACAACAGAGAGCAAAUCACCAACAUCCCCUGCUUCCCCACAGGUCCCCAGUAUGAAAAUGAACACAGGAUCCAUGAAACACAGUUUCCAAGCCUCACUCGCCAGCCCUUCCUCCAGAAUGAACUCAAUAGAUCUUCUUUCCUCUAUCACCUCCGGUGGUUACUUAAAUGACCAUGACGCAGUCAACAAGGCUUUUCAGGAAGCCAGGCAAAUGAAAGAGCAGCUCAGGAGAGAGCAACAGGUGCUGGAUGCAAAGGUGGCUGUAGUCAACAGUCUGGGUCUAAACAAUGGCAGAACAGAAAAGGAGAAAGCCGCUUUGGAAAGUCUGACACAGCAGCUUGCAGCAAAACAGUCUGAAGACGGGAAGUUCAACCAUGCCAUGAUGGAGUUCAAUAUGAGCGGAGACUCAGAUGGAAGCCCUAGUGUGUCCGAUUCAAGGAUGUUCCGAGAAGCCAGAGGCAGAGGAAGCAGUGAGCCUCAUAUCAAACGGCCCAUGAAUGCCUUCAUGGUUUGGGCAAAAGAUGAGAGGAGAAAAAUUCUACAGGCCUUCCCUGACAUGCACAACUCUAAUAUCAGCAAAAUUCUGGGGUCUCGCUGGAAAUCCAUGACAAACUUAGAAAAGCAGCCUUACUAUGAGGAACAGGCCAGGCUUAGCAAACAACAUCUGGAGAAGUACCCCGACUACAAGUACAAACCCAGGCCCAAGCGCACCUGCCUGGUCGAUGGCAAGAAGCUAAGGAUCGGGGAAUACAAAACCAUCAUGCGCAAUCGACGCCAGGAGAUGAGGCAGUACUUUACCGUUGGGCAGCAAGGUCAGAUCCCCAUCAGCUCAUCAGGAGUUGUGUACCCCGGAGCGAUUGCAAUGGCAGGGAUGCCCUCCCCCCAGAUCCCCUCAGAGCACUCCAGCAUGUCGAGCAGCCCGGAGCCCAGCAUCCCCGUCAUACAGAGCACUUACCUGCACAACAUGAAGACAGAGGAGACCCGGGUCAAGGAGGAGAUGCACAUGGAUGACAGCAACGGAAAUGUGUAUGAUGACUUUGAGUACGAGGACGAAGACGCAGAUUACGGCAGCGACAGUGAAAACCACAUCGCUGCACAAGCUGACUGAUGAGGGGGGUUCGCGGUCCAGGACCUUUUCAGCUCCACCGCUACCACCACCAACCCAACCUCCACCUCUCCUCCCCCUCUCCACUCACCCACCCCGACACUGAAAGGACAACAGUCCCCCUCCUCACCUUUCUGGUGACCAGCGGCCAAGCACAUUAACUUUGUCAUACACUGACUGUUACAUAAACAAGAAAAAAGUCUUAAGCUAGUCAGGACUUCCGCUGAAUUCAAUACCUGUCUGCAAAGCUGGCUAAAGGAAAAAAAGAAAAAGCAGUUUAUAUACUAUUGGUCAAAAAAUAAAGAAGCAGCAGAAAAUAGGAUGCCAGUAAUUCAGCUGCUAUACCCAAGCACUGAAGUCUUACCCUUUGACCUGUCUAUUGAAAAACAGCUGUUUGUUCUACGACGUUCUAUAAUAUCCUCACUCAGGUACACAGUGCCAACAAGUGGCUUGUGAAUGUGUUUUGAUGUUUUUGUGCAGUUUUUUUUUUUUUUGUAAAAUACACCUGACAGAAAGAUUUUAAAACGUCUCACGAGGGAUUUAUUUUCUUGAUCUCCAAUGAACUGUCGUCGCAUCCUUUAUUUCUGAGAACUUUCCACCAUUCAUUGCACACCGACACCGCAUCUUAUAGGAAGUGCCAAAUUUCUACUAAGUGUUGAAGAUAGGUGACCUUUUUAAUCCUCUGUGUUUUAAGUUAGAACAGUGUUGUGUUUUAGACAAUCCCAUACGAUCCUGGAGUACCAGCAACUUGUGAAUUAUUUUUGUUUUGUUCUUCUUGUUGUUUUAUUGUCUUUAAGGAAACUGUAGGUGCAGUUCUCAGGUGAAGAGAGAGACUUCUGAAACAAGAGAAAUACAUUUUCUUUUUAAAAUUACGUCGAUUUCUUUGGGUGUUAUGGUACUAAUAAUGUGUUGGACCAUUAUUAGCAAGUCGGCGCUGGGGAUGAAACUUCACCUGUUCCAAUACUCAUUCGUGCAUAUCAUCUGAAGUGUUUUAUUUUGCAUUGAAAUUGAACUCUGUAACAGUUGCACUUCUUGUGAAAGGACUUAAGCCGUGGUACUCACAAUAUGAUGAAGCAGUGCCUCCGCUCUGCUGCAGAGAUUAUGGAUCCUUCCUUUUAAAGCCUAAGGAUCUACAACAUGAAAUGGAGUUCAUAUCAAAUGAUUCAUAUAAUUAAUCAUAGUUACUAAAUACAAAAGUAUUUGAUGCUGAAAACCUGUCAAAUGUGGCUUCCCCUUAAGGGUGCAAUAUGUUAAACAUUUGUCAUUGGUUAAGACAGGGAUGUCCCUCUGUUUUAAUCAUUACCGAGCAUGCCAAACCAAGCAGACAGCAAAAGAAACCAACAAAAAUCAUUUCCUGAAAUUAGUGCCCAGGUUAAUAGAGCAAAUAUGUGGCAUGUAGGAAUGGUGCCUGCUGGUAAUUGCUGUAUAUAGGGGUCUGCCCAAAAGCUAGUCAGAUCGUGGCUGUCCAGUACAGGUUUUGGAUCCACAAAGCCAUGAAAUAAUGCCAGGGUAAUUAUAUGCUUUCUUUUCCUUUAAGUGUUUAUUUCAUACUUUGGAGGAAAAAUAUAGAUUUUUAGAAAGCUUAUAAAUAUAUAAGGUAUAUGUGUCUGCUAUAUGUCUCUGGUUUAAAAGAGGAAUCCCAACAUCCUAAUUAAUUUUGGUAGCCAAAUAAUAAAGGCAAUCUGUGUGGAGAAACACAAGUCAUGCACUCCAUAUUGGCACUUAAUGUCUUCGUAAGUAUGAAGCACCAUUGUCCUGGUAGAUAAAAUAAAGAAGUCAAAUAAAAAGUAAAGUCAGUCUAGGUCACAUCCUCAUAGAUUAGCAACUGGGCAUACAAUGAAUGACAAAACUUAAAUCGCACAAGGUUUGGAGUAAGCAUACAUUUUGGUUUACUUUGGUUGAAUUUCCAUUCCCAUUGGUUUUGAUGAAAUUCUUUUUUUUGGUGAACUUACUCUGCUGUCAAAGCUUGGAGUAGCUGAUCAUAUUCUGCAUGUCAGUGUUUUGUUUGUAUUUGAAGACUGUAUUUUUUCAAACGAACUGCCUCUAGUGUAAUAAUAUUAUUAAUAAUAAUAAUUAUAAUAAUGGUCAGCUGUUCUUAAGUUAGUAAGUUAUGUAUAAUUUAUUUCUCCAUCUUUUUUUGGGUUUUUAUUAUCUUAUGAAUCCGCUCAGCAAUGCAGCAUUACUUGUAGCUGGUAGAUAUUUAAGCCUGUUAUUUAGAUCUAAAUGUAGUUUCCUUUUUUAUGUAUUGUUUUGGUCCUAUUGACGUCAUAUUAUUAUUAUUAUUAUUUUCUCAGAAGGAGUAAGUUAAAUGAACUGCUGUUGCAAAGGAGAUAAAUAACUUUUUCUCUCAUCAUUCAUUUUCAUUAACUUUCCCCAGGAUUCAUUUAUAAUUAUGGCUCUGCUAUCCAUAUAGUGGCUUUUAAAAAGUGACAAAUAACCAAACAAACAACAAAGUGACAAAUAUAUCUUACAGAUUGCAUUAUGCAGUGUUAUCAUUAGUAGUUUUUUUGUUAUUUGCUACUUUUAAAUUCUGCUGUAAGAAUAUGAGUGCCAAAAAAAUGUAAUCCUAUUGUAAACUAUGGUCAUGUUAAAUUCAUUUCUUAAAGCACUCUGUUUUUAAAAAAGUGUUUUGUAUCAAUUUAUGUACAAUGUGAAAAAAACACUUUUUUUUUUUUUUUUUUUAAUAUAUUGUUCCCCAUUUUUGUGAACAAAUUAUUAUUUUUGACUCUUCUGAGUGCCCUGCUUACAUUUGCUGUGAUUUUACAUGAAACACAGUGGAACUCCAUUAGUAAAAAUGCAUGGCUAUUGUGAACUCUUACUCUAUGAAAGUGCACUGUAAUCUUGUAUGUAAGAAUAACACAUGUUCAGAAGUCUGCAAACAUUUUCUUCUAUUGCAACCCCUUCAAUAUAACCCUUGUGUACGGUAUAUUAAAGGGGCUUUUCAUUGUGUUUAAUAUAUAUAUAUAUAUAUAUAUAUAUAUAUAUAUAUAUAUAUAUAUAUAUAUAUAUAUAUAUAUAUAUAUAUAUAUAUAAUUACUGCAGGUUAUUAUUAUGUUUAAUGCAUUGAGCAUCAUCUACAAAGCAUAUUCUUUUUUACAAUAAAACUAAUGCAGUAGCAUUAGCAGGCUAAUCUAAUUUGGUUGGUUUCUUUCAGUUGAUGCUAAUGAGGUUCCACUGAGUUUACCCUGCUAUGAAAGGUGAUAUGUUUUAUUUAUGUAACUCUAGACCUAGCAAGACUACUUUGUUUUAGCUCCAGCGUGUGGUGACCAGCCAAUCAGUAAACUCCGUGUCAGACAAGAAACGACAUUGGAGGGUUUUCUUUGAUCUUGCACAACUAUCAGUUUAACUCUUCUAGCAGGGGCAUGUCAUGAUGUGAUUUCCAUCAUAAGCACCUUCUCAGACUUGCUCAUGUGGCGGUGUAAAAUUCAAAGCAGAGUGGUCCAAAAUCAGAAAAGUAGGGCUGCUAUACAACAUUUCUUGGAAUUGAAGAUAUGCAGUAGGCAUUCGCUAGACAGCUACCUGCUGAACUGGCUUCUUAUUGUGUAUCUGGUUAGUAGAUUCAUUACCACUCUGCAAGAUACAGGUCUGAUUAGCUGCUAUACCCCUGUUUAUUAGCCAGCAGUGGCUCUAAACAGUUAUUAGACAACUCCCUCACCACCAUCACUGGCAUGUUGUUUCAUUACAAAAAAAAUAAUAAAAAGAAGUGACAAUCAAAAGAAAAAAACCCAUGAGUGGAGCUUAAACAAAGUAAAAAAAAAUAAAUAAAUACUUACCAUCUCAACUUGAAAUUAAAAAUAAGAUAAAAUAUGUAAAUAUAACAUAGAGUUAUAGAUUUAUAUUUUGUUCAUAACACAUAGUGUAAUAUAAGUUGUAUAUUUCAUUUUUUGUUGAUGUUAUUCAUGCCACAAUAAAAGCAGGAGUUGAUGUACUCUUUAAAAAAAAAAAAAAAAACAAAGACGUGGGUUGCCACCAUCUGUUUUUGAGUUGACUUUUUCAGUAUUAUUGCCAUUUAAGGCUAUAAUAAAAGACAGCAAUGUGUUCUGUAAUCCCUAGUGUUUGGUGAAUUUGUGCUAUAUUGAAUAGAACUCCAUAUAGAAUACAUAUGCAGUUCCCCAAAACUUUGAUACAAGAGGUAGCACUCCAUAACAGCAGCACAUGGCAACGUGCAAUUGGAACUGCUGGUGGCUUUACAAAGCAACCAC